CUGAUGGACUAGGGACGCCUGGGUAGCUCAGUCGGUUAAGCGUCCGACUGCCGCUCAGGUCGUGAUCUCGCGGUUUGUGAGGUGCAGCCCCGACUUGGGCUCUGUGCUGACAGCUGGGACCGGAGCCUGCUUUGGAUUUUGUAUCUCUCUCUCACUCCCACUCCCUCUCCCGCUCUCCCUCCCAUGCUCACACUCUGUCUCUCUCUCAAAAAUAAACAAUCAUUAAAAAAUGUUUUUAAAUAAAAUAACUAAAUAAUUAAUGGACUAGCUCGAUUCAUUAUAACAUUUUUUUGAGAUUGAAACUGAGGGCGCCUGGGUGGGUCAGUCGGUUAAGCCUCAGACUUCGGCUCAAGUCAUGAUCUCACAGUUCAUGAGUUCCAGCCCCAAGUCAGGCUCUGUGCUGACAGCUCAGAACCUGGAGCCUCCUUGGGAUUCUGUGUCUCCCUCUCUCACUCUGCCCCUCCCCUGUCUCUCUCUCUCUCAAAGAUAAACAUUAAAUAAAAAAUAAAGAAUUAAUGGAUUAGCUUGAUUCAUCAGGGAAAUACAGCUCAAAACCACACUGAGAUACCACCUCACACCUGUCAGAAUGGCUAAAAUUAACAACUCAGGAGACAACAGAUGCUGGCGAGGAUGUGGAGAAACGGGGACCCUCUUGCACUGUUGGUGGGAAUGCAAACUGGUGCAGCCGCUCUGGAAAACAGUGUGGAGGUUCCUCAAAAAAAAUUAAAAAUGGACCUACCCUAUGACCCAGCAAUAGCACUGCUAGGAAUUUGCCCAAGGGAUACAGGAGUGCUGAUGCAUAGGGCACAUGUACCCCAAUGUUUAGAGCAGCACUCUCAACAAUAGCCAAAUUAUGCAAAGAGCCUAAAUGUCCAUCAAUUGAUGGAUCGAUAAAGCAGAUGUGGUUUAUAUAUACAAUGGAGUACUACCUGGCAAUCAGAGAGAAUGAAAUCUUGCCAUUUGCAAUAAUGUGGAUGGAACUGGAAGGUAUUAUGCUAAGUGUAAUAAGUCAGUCAGAGAAAGACAGAUACCGUAUGUUUUCACUCAUAUGUGGAACUUGAGAAACUUAACAGAAGACCAUGGGGGAGGGGAAGGGGAAAAAAUUAGCUACAGAGGGAGGCAGACCAUAAGAGACUCUGAAAUACAGACAACAAACAUGGUUGAUGGGAAGGGCGGGGGAGAGGAGAAAAUGGGUGAUGGGCGUUGAGGAGGGCACUUGUUGGGGUGAGCACUGGCUGUUGUAUGUAAGUGAUGAUGAACCACGGCAAUCUACCCCCAAAACCAAGAGCACACUGUAUACAAUGUUAGCCAACUUGACAAAUUAUAUUUAAAAAAAUUAUAAAGAAGGAAUUAAUGGACUAGCUUGAUUUGUUAUAACAUUUUUUGAGAUUGAAACACUGAUUUUGAGGGCGCCUAAGUGGCUAGGUCGGUUGAGCAUCCAACUUGGGCUCAGAUCAUGAUCUCACAGUUCAUGAGUUCCAGCCCCACCUUGGGCUCUUUGCUGACAGCUUGGAGCCUGGAGCCUGCUUCAGGUUCUGUGUCUCCCUCUCUCUCUCUGUCCCUCCCCUGCUCACACUCUGUCUCUCAAAAAUAAAAAUAAAUAUUAAAAAAAAAGAAAUGUUGAUUUUGAGACUUUGGUGGUAAUCGUGUUUGAUUAAUGACAGUGCAGCCUUAUACUGGCUUAAUGUAAACACAUAAAGGAGGCGAAAGAAAAUAAAGAUUUAGGUUGAGAACGAUCCGUUUGAUAAUUUGAUGAGAGAUCUAUUCCUUCUGUGGUGCCUGGGUGGCUCAGUCGGUUAAGUAUCGGAUUUCAGCUCAGGUUGUGAUCUGGGCUCAUGAGUUCGAGCCCAGUGCCAGGCUCUGUGCUGCCAGCUCAGAGCCUGGAAUCUGCUUUAGAUUCUGUGUCUCCUUCUCUCUGCCCUUCCCCCAAUUAUGCUCUGUGUGUCUCACCCUCUCUCAAAAAUAAACAAACACUAAAAAAUUUUUAAAAGACAUCAAUUCCUUCCCUCCUCUACCUGGCUCUCACCAAAUCCGGACUGCUCUAGGGUUUUUAAACGAGUUUAAUGUUUACACAUCGUGAUUUUACAAGCGGCUUUUCUGUAAGGCGUUUUGUAAAAAGCAGGGCAUGGACCCAAUUCGGUGGUGCGCGAUGGGAUACAGUUUUGUAUUCCCUUCCAUCUGGCAUUCUCUUCCAUCUGGCAACUUUGUGGUCUCUAAAGUUUGAUAUGGACAGUAGAAGGGCUACUUUUGAGAGUCUGGACAGGAGUUUUAGACAAUGAUCAGUAUUGACAGUUUUGUUUUGUUUUUUAAAUGUAAAUCUGACUUGUUUCUCCGUGUCGCUUUAAAAAAAAAUUUUUUUUUUACGUUUAUUUAUUUUUGAGAGACAGAGUGAGACAGAGCAUCAGCGGGGGAGGAGCAGAGAGAGAAAGACACAGAACCCGAAGCAGGCUGCAGGCUCUGAGCAAGCUGUCAGCACAGAGCCUGACCUGGGGCUCCAACCCACGAACCGUGAAAUCAUGACCUGAGCUGAAGUUGGACGCUCAACCAACUGUGCCAUGCAGGCGCCCCAACUGUAUCACAUUUUUUUCUAGUGGUUUUGGGGUGAAAUGCUGUUUUCGCCCUUCACACUUUAGAUAAAUUGAUGGCAAGUGAAUGCUCUCCACCUUGAAGGAGAAUCUUCAAAUUGCUUUUGAAAAAUGCCUUUGAAAUGUCUUUAAUGUCUAAAAAACGUAUUAUAAAAAAACAGAUGGCUUCUUGUUCGUAUGUUAUUAAGAGUUUAGGUUUUCUAUCAGAAAAUACAAGCGAGCUUUAUUUUAAGUAAACUCAUUUUGCAGGACUUUGAAUUUAGUGAACUGUAUUAAUUUGCAACUGCUUCAAGGUUGGACUCUAAGAAAGUGUUGCAGAAACUUUAUGUGAUGUGAAGAAGUGAAAAGGAACUAAAAUUUAUGCUGUGCCUGCUGCGAACCAGACAUGAUGCCCAGUGCCCGACUUUCAUUUGGUCUUACACAGCUCUGUAAAGUAGAUAUUAUUCCAGCUUUAGGAGUUAAGAAAUCGAGGCACAGAGAGGUUAAAUACCUGCUUGAAGCAAAAUAGCAAAUUUUGCAAUUUGGAUUUGGAUUCAAGUAUUUUUUUAAUGUUUAUUUAUUUUGAGAGCAAGCCAGCCAGCGUGCAGGGGGAGGGGCAGAGAGAGAGGGAGAGAGAAUCCUCAGCAGGCUUCAUGCUGUCAGUGCAGAGUCAGACACGGGGCUCAAUCCCACACCAUGAGAUUAUGACCGGAGUCGAAAUCAAGAGCUAGAUGCUUAACUCACUUGGCCACCCAGGCGCCCCUGGAUCCUAUUUUUAAAAGCCCAGUUGUUUGUAUUAUGUCCUAGUAUUUAAAAUUUGUCUACAAGAAAUUGUUGCUACAUCUUCAGCGUACAAGUGCAAUGGGAAUGAAAAUUACAUGUUGGGACCCCGAAUAUUUGUGGCCCAUGUGCUCCAUGACUACUGGUUCUGUUGGGAGGAUGUUAUGCAUACCCAGAUAAUGAAAUAAUAAUAGCUAACAGUGGGUGCCUUUGCCAUGACAGCUGUGGUUUUAAGCACUUGUCAUGUUUCAAUUAAUCUCCAUAUCUGUAUGAGGUCUGUACUAUUAUCCUCAUGUUACAGAGAAGCACAGAGAAGUUACACAGCUAGUCAGUGGAGGAACUGAAUACCUAAACCCAGGUAUUCAGGCCCCAAGCCUAAGGUCUUAAUGCUAUUUGAUGUUUCCCUUUGUGUAACAAUUACCUUAAAAUCAUUAAAGUGGGAGUGUUCUGGUACUUUGGGGAAGGCAGUGUUAACUUCCAGAUGGGAUGACUUAGCACCUUUGCUUUGUGGAGAUGGAACUUGAGUGGAGCUUUGAAGGAAUAGGUUCCCCUAGGUGGAGAAACGGCAGGGUGUUGUGGGUAGAGGUCAUGACAGGAAUGAGAGAUUCAAACAGUGCAAGAUCGAUGUUGAUGUGUAAAUGUGCCACACACAUAGAAAUGUCUGGAGUCCAGUGAUGGACUCCAUGCGUGUUGCUCCCAUGUCUAACUACAGCCAAGUUUCAGCUACAGUGUAAGUAAUCCGGUAGGGAAUUGUCUGGUUUUAAGAGAGUAACUGCGGUGGCAGACAAACAGGAAGUCAUUUAUCUUUAUUUAAAAAAUUUUUUUAACAUUUACUUAUGAGAGAGAGAGACAGAGCGGAAGCAGGGUAGGGGGGAGGGCGAGGGAGACACAGAAUCCCGAAGCAGGCUGCAGGCUCCAGGCUCUGAGCUGGCAGCACAGGGCCCCACGAUGCGGGGUUCGAACCCACAAACCGCGAGAUCAUGACCUUAACCGACUGAGCCACCCAGGUGCUUUUAAAAAGCAGCUGGGAAUUAUGUUCUCUUGUUCAUUUGUUUCCAGCUUUUACUCUGUAGCCUUUAAGUUGCGAAGCAUUCGCUUCACAGUUUUGAAUUUGUGUUUGAUCUUGAUUCUUACUCCUCGUUGUGGCAAUAGAGCCCUUCGAUUUUAAAGGUUUAUUCGAGAUCACUCAUGGAAGAGUUUUGUCACUCUCUAAAAUUCAGCCAGGACUCUCAGUUAGAGUUGGCAUCAGGAGAACAGAUCCGUAUUAAGUUUGUGAAAAGUCUGUGAAGUAACUUUGUUAUGUGUUGCUUUUCAGGAGUAGGUGGUUUGCCAGACUCAGGUGACCAGGCAGUUUCACACAUAAACCCUCCAGCAAAUUUAGAAAUAACUAGGCCCAACGCAGAGGAAGUGGAGUGCUGCUGUUGCACAAAAAAGAUGUCGAGCGGCUCCAGUGAAGUGGAUGUGAAAAGAACACGAAUACCUGCUUAUGAUGAUGAUAACACUGUUCUUUAUGCAUAUGAACCACAUACUGCAUAUGUCCAUAAUCAGGAAGCUGUUCUAUCUGACACAUCCUACAACGAAGAGCAACAAAAAACAGUUCAGGACGUCCUUACUCAUUGUCAGGUCAUCUAUGAUGCCAUUCAAAACCUGGAUAAGAAAUUUGAUGUCAUUGAUGGAAAAGUUUCAAAAAUCCACCGUUUACGUGUGAAAUCAAUAUGGCAAAAUCGCAAGCCAUUUCGAUAUGCAUACAAAAAUUACAAUUACCUGCUUUCCAGAAAGAUCAGGUUUCAGAAAAUGAGGAGAAAGGAGACUCCUUCCUUAUCUGAACCUAAAAGCUAUAGCCCAACUAUUCCAGUAGAAAGGCCCAACUAUGAUUUCCAGAGCAGCUCUCUAGAAACAUCUUACCAUGCAGAGCCAGAGUCCCCAGAACGGGAUCCAGAGUCACUCUACCAGCGGCGGGAAUCGCGCAUGAGCCGGAGUCCGUCGCUUCUCUCCAUCUUCACUACACAGUCAUACCGGCCAUAUUUCACACCCGAUCCAGUACAGGAGGGCUCCUCUUGCAUACCUUGCUAUGAUAGCCCAGAGGCCCACAGCACCACCAGUCUCUUCUCACCUCUCCGAGCAUCCACGGCGAUACCUGAAGGCUCGUUGACACAAGCUGAUCCCAGUUCACCAGAGAACCGUGACAUGAUGGCUUUUCCAAGUUCACCGGAAAAUGAGAGCCUCGGCCAUACUGCCUCAUCCCUUUACAUCCCAGGCAACUUUGCUACAGGUUCACCUGUUGGAAAUAAUCCAGGUGUCCUGAGAGACUUCCCUGCGGACCCUUCAACCUGGUCUGUGGAUGAAGUGAUCCUGUUUCUGAAACAAGCAGACCCUCAGACACUCACCCCUAUCGCUGACCUCUUCAGGCAACAUGACAUUGAUGGGAAGGCUCUGCUACUCCUCAAGAGUGACAUGAUGCUGAAGUACAUGGGGCUGAAGCUGGGGACCGCCGUGAAGUUGUGUCACUACAUUGAUGGGCUUAGAGGAGAAAAACACAUUGACAAUUGAAAAAAUGUUUCUGUACACUUAGCUUGGCCUUCAUUUAGGGAGACCAGUGCCAUCUUGGGGUAAAACCAUUUCCCUGCCCUUUAGAAGUUGUUGUUGUAUAGAAGGUUCUUCUACAAACAUGUCAUAUCCAGACUUGCAGGGCUCCGUUACAGUCUAGUCUACUAUUUUAGAAGCCAUUUAACAUGUUAGUAUUGGCAUAUUCAAAUUGGUUGUUGGUUCUUUACAUAUUUUUAUUAUUUUCAUUAUAUAGUUUACAAAUGUACUUCAUGCAGGAAACAGAAACACCUCUAAUUUCUGUUCAUCUUUUUCUGUAGAACCAAAAUAGCUGGAUCCCAAAGAGAAAAUAUCAGGGACUGGCAAAUUCUGUAAUAAAACCCAUGAGCCUUCCUUACAAGAAAACUUAAAAGACGCAAAUAUAGAUAUCACCUUUCUACAAUAUUUUAUGUUUGUACUGCAAGGUUCUGUUCAUAUUCUGUCAGCUUCCCAAAAGGGAAAGCCAUAUAAAUUAUUUUCCUUUCUAUUAUUAUUUCUACAUAUGUUAUAUUUGUUCCUAUUUUUAAAAAAAGGCAACCUUAUAAGCUUUCUUGAAAUAUUCUUAGCAGUUUUUGGGUAAAUUAUAGAGUAGUCAUUUUAUACAAGAGAUACUUAUUUUAAAACUUCCAUAUUUUGCAUAAAUUUGGACAUUGCACCAGGCAUUCAAUGCUCACAUAUCUAUAAAGGUGUCUAUGUCCAGAUUUUUAAAAGAUGUAUAUUUUAGUCUGUGUUUAUUCCUCAUAAGGAUACUGUUUCAUAUUUAUAUUUUAUUCUAUAUAUGAAGUAUACGCACAAGUACAUCUUUUCUUUUUGAAUUUAAAAUAGCACUUUGUACCUCCACAUAGGUAAAUAUUAACUAUUUAGUGAGAUGUUUUUAUUCUGUUAAAAAUACUCACAUUAUUUGCCAUCACUACUGAUACCUCUGACCUUACUCUUCAGGGUUUCCUUCCAGGGAAGUUCUCUGUCUUAUGCAAUGUUUCUAGUUAAUUUGCUUCCUGAGCCAAUUAUCCUACUAAAUUUGGGAAGAUAUGUUACUUCUGAUUGGUCAUUUUGAACUUUAUUUUAAAAAUUAGAACUUUCAAGUGAAACAUGUUCAUUUUUAUUGUUUUGUUAUUUAUUACCUUGUAUAACAUUUGAUGUAAUAUUUAUAAGCUGUGAGAAUUGGUGCUAAGUGUAUUAGCCAUUUGUUAUUAAAUGCCAAUAAAAUGUUCACCGGGGGCAAAAAUGUACAUUUUCCUUUUAGAAAACCAAGUGUGCUUUAUAAACACAUGCAAUUAUUUACUGGGCAUCUGUGAUUUAAAAGGUGCUUUUAUUUAUGUUUUUCAUUUCUUUUAUUUCGUAUAAGACCAGAUUCUAUUUUAAACUUGAUUUUCUCUCAAAUUGUUUGUGUGAAGAUGCCGGUGCCCGGUUGAACAGUCCUCAGGUGUUUGUAUGAAUACUAUGUUUUACAAUUUUCGGAUUUAAAAAUUUAAUAAAGUUUAAAAAACACAAUAA